AUGGAUGCAAGGAUGGAGAUGCUGAAGAUGAAGGAAAAUGCGUCAACGAUUCCGCCUGCGAGAGAGUCCCCUGUGGGUAGAGAUGGAAAUGGAGCGGGCCCAGUGCGGGCUGAGUUUGCGGCGGACGCGGAUAUGGAUGUCGAGGUGGACGUGAUUGCGGAUAAUGCGGGUGGCGUGAAGGCGCUGGAUAAGCGGAGUUUUGAGUAUAUAUUUCGAAGUGGGUUGGCGGGGGGUUUGGCGGGGUGCGCGGCGAAAACAGUCGUCGGGCCCCUCGACCGUGUCAAGAUCCUCUUCCAGACUUCUAAUCCCCAAUUCGCCAAAUACUCCACCGGCUGGUUUGGUGUCGUGCGCGCCAUGCAGGACAUAAACAGCCAUGAGGGCGUGCGGGGCCUUUUCAAGGGCCAUUCGGCAACCUUACUGCGCAUCUUCCCUUACGCCGCCAUCAAGUUCCUAGCCUACGAGCAAAUCCGCGCCGUGGUAAUCCCGGCACGGGACAAAGAGACACCGUUCCGCAGGUUGAUCAGCGGCAGCAUGGCCGGGCUGACGUCGGUUUUCUUCACGUACCCGCUGGAGGUAAUGCGGGUGCGCCUGGCGUUUGAGACGAAGCAUAAUGUCCGCUCGUCGCUGCGGAGGAUCUGUCGGCAGAUUUACAACGAGAAUAGACCCACGACGGGAUCCGCUCCUGUCACCACCGCGACAGCAGCUACAGCUACAGCCACAGCCACAUCUUCUCUCACAUCACCAUCAAAACCCCACACACUCUCAUCAACGCCCCUCCACGCCCCACGCUACGGCCUCUCGAACUUCUACCGCGGCUUCUCCCCCACCCUCCUCGGCAUGCUCCCCUACGCCGGCGUCUCCUUCCUAACACACGACACCGUCGGCGACUGGCUCCGCCAGCCAAAACUAGCCCCCUACACCACAAUCCCACACUCCGACAAACCUCCCGCCACCACCGGCACCGCACAACCCUACAAGCGCGUCCAACUGACGGCCCCGGCCGAGCUCCUCUCAGGCGCGCUAGCGGGCCUCGUGUCGCAGACGAGCUCGUACCCGCUAGAAGUCAUCCGGCGCCGCAUGCAGGUUGCCGGGGCGGUGGGGGACGGGCAUCGAAUGCGGAUUGCGGAGGCGGGGAAGCGGAUCUUUGCUGAGAGGGGGUUUCGGGGGUUCUGGGUCGGGCUGACGAUUGGGUAUAUGAAGGUUGUGCCUAUGGUAGCGGUGAGCUUUUAUGUGUAUGAAAGGUCGAAGUGGUGGUUAGGGAUUUAGGAAUUAGAUUAGGUGGGUCGGUGGCAUUUUUUUUUUCUUUUUUGUUUUCUGGUUUUAUAUAUAUUGUAUGUUUGUAUGUAUGUAUGUGUUUCUUUGUUUCUUGUUUCUUGUUUCUUGUCCUUGUUUCUGUUGCAUUGAGCGAGAUAUAGCUAUUUUCUAUGUCUGUUCCAUCUCUAGAUAGGAUUCUGUGAGGGACAAGGGAGUCCCCACCCCUUUUCAUUUUUAUUUUUUAUUUUUAUUUUUAUUUCUGGG